CAUCUAGGUCUGGUUCAGAUCUCUGAACAUCAAGGUUCAGAUCUCUCAACAUCUAGGUUAAGAUCUCUCAACAUCUAGGUUAAGAUCUAUGAACAAUAUUGGUUCAGAUCUCUGAACAUCUAGGUUCAGAUCUCUGAACAUCUAGGUCUGGUUCAGAUCUAUGAACAUCUAGGUUUAGAUCUCUGAACAAUCUAGGUUUAGAUCUAUGAACAAUCUUGGUCCAGAUCAUGAACAAACAGGUUCAGAUCUCUGAACAUCUAGGUUUAGAUCUAUGAACAAUUUAGGUUCAGAUCUCUGAACAAUCUAGGUUCAGAUCUCUGAACAAUCUAGGUUUAGAUCUAUGAACAAUCUUGGUUCAGAUCUAUGAACAAACAGGUUCAGAUCUCAGAACAUCCAGGUUCAGAUCUCAGAACAUCUAGAUUGAGAUCUCUGAACAUCUAGGUCUGGUUCAGAUCUCUGAACAUCAAGGUUCAGAUCUCUCAACAUCUUCUAGGUUAAGACCACUGAAUAAUCUAGGUUCAGAUCUCUGAACAUCUAGAUCAAGAUCUUCCAACAUUCAGGUUCAGCUAGAUAACAGGACAAGUGAACCACUAAAUUUAUCUUCAAAUUUAAAUUUGACUUUAUGAUGCACCUCAACUGUGAUAAAAUACUUUUCAAUCGGUUUUUAUUUUUCUACUUUUAAUUGCUAAGGAACUAUUGUAUAAUGCUGAAAAGCUAAAGAUAGUUCCUCGGAGUUGAUAUAAUAUUUUGUAUUUUAAGUUUUAAUAUUGUUUAAAUUUAUUAUCUAUAUAUAGAUUUAUAAACCUCACUGUAUUUCCAGAUAUUAGUAUGAAUGACAAUGAAAGACUCUGAGGAAAGAAGCUCAGAGGAUGAGGAGGGUGUAGAGGAACUGGCCGAGAAUACAACCGUUAUAGCGGUCAACAUCGCCUCCCUAGCAGCAGGAGAUGGUAACAGUCUACUGAAUCGUCCUACUCCUAACAUAGCUAGAACUCCGUCUAAUAGAUCAGCUAACGAUACUAGAGAAAGUGUGUUAAAGGGUAAAAAGCUAGGCCACAGACGAGUAAAGGAUGGAGAGGUCACGUAUAAGAAGUUUGAGACGGGUCAACUCAUGGGUAGUAUUCAGCUGGGUAUACAGAACAGUGUGGGAAACCUUACAGCACAGGAAGACAGAGAUCUACUUCACGCGGAUUUCUACACGGUGGAAACUGUCGUCUUCUCCAGGGACGGAUUACUCCAGAAAACUCCUGCACAUAAUUACUCCCAGUUUAAGAUUAGAACAUACGCACCCUUAGCUUUCAGGAAGUUCCGGAACAUUUUCGAGAUAGAGCGGGACAAAUUCUUGGUUUCCUUGUGCGCGGAACCAAUGAUAGAGCUGAGUAAUCCCGGGGCCUCAGGAUCCAUUUUCUACAGGACUCUAGAUGAUGAAAUUAUCGUCAAGACUGUUUCCCACAAAGAAUCUAAAUUUCUACAGGAAAUACUGCCAGCAUAUUACUUAAACCUUCAUCAGAACUUUAGGACACUCUUGCCAAAAUUCUUCGGAUUCUACUGUUAUUCAUGUAACACUAAGAAUGUGAGAAUAGUUGUAAUGAAGAAUCUGCUCCCCUCAGGGCUGGAAAUUCAUCACAAAUUCGACCUUAAGGGUUCAACUUACGGAAGACAAGCUGACCGGAAAGAGCGGAAGAAAGCUCACCCAACUUAUAAAGAUUUAGAUUUCCUUGAAAUGUAUCCGGACGGAAUUCAUCUACAGCAGGAGAUUCUUUCCUGUCUCAUGGAUACCAUAGAGAGGGACUGCCGAGCACUGGAGAGCUUAAAGAUCAUGGAUUAUUCUCUUCUUCUCGGAGUUCAUGUCAUUGAUCCUCAAUCCUCGGAGAAGAAACCCGUCUCCGUGUUCGGUGAUGAUCUGUACGGGUCCAGUGGAGACAGUGAUGAUGGAGAAGAACGUGUUCGUCGACCUGGAAUGCUGGAACGUGUUGGAUCUAUGCAACAGCGGCAGAGAUUAAUUGCGCAUUCAACUGCCUUGGAAUCAAUUACGGCGGAGGUUGACGAUGCUGCUAUGGCGGACAUGGUUGACGAAAGCGAAACGGCGGAUAGAAUAACGACAUGGGGCGGAAUCCCGGCCAAAAAUAGCAAGGGAGAAAAUCUACUUCUUUUCAUAGGAAUAAUUGAUAUUUUACAGUCAUAUGGAAUAACCAAGCAACUAGAACAUACCUGGAAAUCUCUGAUACACGACGGAGAUACAGUGUCUGUUCACAGACCAAGUUUCUACGCGGAGAGGUUUAAGAAGUUCAUGUCGGAGAAGGUUUUUACGAAGAUGCCGUCCCAAUUAAAAACCACUCAAUCCAUUAGACGAAGUAAUGGAUUUUCUAAAAGAGGUCCUAAGAUGAAAGAGGAGGAAAAGCUGCAGCCUGUUUCAAGAACCGAGGUUCCCCACAGAAGAACCCAGUCUACUGGAGAUGCACCUGGAGUAACAGUCAUAACUAUAGGAUCAGAUACACAGGACGGUAUCCUUCCUUCCAUCUUAAGAGACAAGCCCCGUAACCUUGCUACUCCUGGUAAAAUAUCCUACUCCGCUCCCCGGUUCCACUCCUCCCGCCCUGACGUAGCGGACGUAGUUGCUGUAAGCUGUACCCCACCCCCUGAUCUAGGGGGUAUAACCAACAGUGAUGAGAGGGUUCAGAUCUAUGUUCCUUCUCCGCAGAGUACUCCGUACUCAACCAUAGGGAAAAAGGGUUUAGAUACUCACAGAUCAGUUACUCUACUCAACUACAAGCAGGAGCAUAUGAUUCCUGUAGAGUCUGUUCAGAUGGAAUCCAUUGUGUCAGGUUGUACUGACACUUCAAUUAUAGAAACAGAGACAUCUAUUGUUGAAAUUAUACAAUCACAGGAUGAACCCGUUAGUAUAUCUCAAGUUUACAUAGAAGUAGAUUCAAACCUUAUCCAGGCUGCAGAUUAGCAAACUCAGAUGAACAGGCAUCAGAUUAGCAAACUCAGAAGGACAGACAUCAGAUUAGCAAACUCAGAAGAACAGACAUCAGAAUAGCAAACUCAGAAGGACGGACAUCAGAUUAGCAAACUCGAAGAACAGACAUCAGAUUAACAGAUAUGAUAUCAGAAACAAAUAAACCUAAUGCCAGAUAAUCAGCUGAAAAAAGAAAUAAAAA